AUGAUCGACAACGAGAGACCAGAUAUCUGGAACCUGAUUCUCAGCCAGGGAGAAGACAAGCGCCUGCCACUCAACGAAAUGUACUCCAAUGUAGACUUGUUCAUGAUUGCUGGUACCGAGACCACCGCUACGCUUCUGAGUAGAUUCACCUAUUACCUGCUCAAAAAUCCAGGCAAGUUGAACAAACUAGUGCAGGAGAUUCGCAGCGGUUUCACGUCAGAGGAAGAACUUGCGAUCGAGAAAUUGAGACAACUCAAGUACUUGGCUGCUUGCUUUGAAGAGGGUCUUCGUAUGUACCCACCGGUUCCGAGCGGCUUCUAUUGUGUGGUUCCAGAAGGCGGUGCUAAUGUAUGCGGAGAAUACGUACCAGGAGGCGUAAAUAAUGAUCAUACCUAUAUCAAGGUGUGUUUGAUACAUAUCACCAUUAUACAAUAUAUCACUGCUAUGCUACUAUUUAUUGAUCUGUAA